CUUUGUGGACCCCGUCCAGGAGGCUUCAUAGUUCCUGGAGGUAGGAAACGGGUGUUGUGUAGAGGGGUGUGGUGCCAGUGUUCUGCACAGGGGGAUUUGGCGAUGUUAUCUACCCUAGAUACCAUCGCCGUCUCGACGAUUGGCACCACACCCUUUCAUGCCACACCCCUUGCCGACCUCCAAACAGUAGGGCGUCGGAUCUCGGGGCAGCCGCCCUCCACCGAUCUCGGCUAGGCCAAAACCUGGAGCCCCGGAGGCGGCCCCCGACCUUUGCGUCCUCCCCAGGAUGGGAUGCUCGUCCGUGAACGUGCUGGCAGCAGCGGCCGCCGUCGAGAAGCUGCAGGUUGGCUGCGAGAACUCCACGUACGCGUCGUCGCCGAUGGAGGGGCUCUUCACGCCCGAGCAGGUCGCGGACGUCAGGGAUCUCUACGUCAUGUUCACUGGCAGCCCGGACCGAGAGAUCGACCGCUCCGACUUCAUGAGGUUUACGAAGAUGCUCGGCCUCAGCCUGCCCGAGGAGGACGCGCACGCGCUGUUCAACCAGAUGGACAGCGGCAGGGGCCGCCACGAGGGCAACGGGCGGGUCGACUUUGAGGAGCUGAUGGCCUUCUUGCAGACGAUGGCGGUGCCGAUGUCCCUGCACGAGGAGCUGUCGGACGCGUUCGAGUUCAUGACGCUGGCCUCGGACGGGCCGUCGAAGGCGAAGAAGAAGAAGAGGAGCGACCCGAAGACGAAGACGAUCACGAAGAGGGAGCUCGCCGCCUCCAUGGAGUCCAUGGGCGAGAAGGUGACCGAGGCCGACUGCGCGGCCAUGAUCAGGGCCGUCACGGGCGGCCGCGACCUCGUGGACUUCGACACCUUCGCCCGGCUGUGCUCGCAGGGGCAGGGCUGAGCCGUGGCCCACCCUUGGCGGCCCAGCAGCACGAGCGAGAUGGCGGAGGCGACGAGUCCUCGGCGCCCAUGGAGUAGGGGUACGCACGCGUCGGGCUGCGCGCGCUGAGCUGAGUGGCGCACGCGGCCAGCAGCGCGAGUUUCCUUCAGUCGCCGAAGGCGGAGGGAAACGCAUCAUCCUUAUUGUUCCUCAUCAAUCCUCCUUCCAUCUCCUUGCCCCCCCCCCCCCUCGUUCUUCGCUCAUCCUCCUCCUCC